AUGAUUGACAAAAGUUUUGUUGGUGGUAUUGCUGACCAUAAUUGUAUGGGAAUCCGAGGAGGAAAAACUGCUAAAAUAUUUGAAAGUUCCAAAUUAAAUGAUAGAGAUGGAAAACUAGAUAAAACUAAACUUCAAGAUUUAGCAGAGUUCCUAAACAUUUAUAAAACUGCUAAAGCCAAAGCAAAAAAUAUCAACAAUUCAGUUGACCUAGUGGUAGAAAUAUUAGAAGACUGUUUGUUCCAAGAAGUAGGUGACAUUAGCCCUAACAAAGAGAUUGAAUUUAAAGCAUUGCUUGGAGUUUUGGGGAAUGUAAAUCAACAAGCUCAAACUAAAGAUAAAGAGAUAAAAGAACUCGCAGAGAAGUGUUCUCCUGAAAAAGAGCAAAAAGCAAUUGAUUAUCUUGGCAAAGUUAAAAAUGCUAUUUCUGCUUUAAAAGAAGAUUUGAGAGAUAAUACCAAGAUUAGUUAUAAGAUUUUGGAUACAAUAAUUAGUUAUACAAAAGAAACUUAUUAUGAAGCCAAAAUACUUACUUAUCAGAAGCGUCAUCGUUUAGUUGAUGCUAUGGCAUGCUCUUAUUUAGAAAGAGCAAUUGAGAUAAUUGAAGCCAAUGGAAUUAAUUAUAAGGAGCCCAAGGGAUUUGCUUCACAUAAAGAGAUGGUGGAUGCUUCUAAAAAAACUGGUUGGGAUACCAAUGCUACUCAAUACAUUGAAUAUGACAAAAAAACCAUUACUACUGAUGUAAUCAAUAAGUAUGAUGAAAUGAAACCAAUAGCACAAGCUCAAAUUGAUGCUUUUACUUCCCUGAAAGAUGAUUUUGAAAACCAAAUCAAAACUCUUUGCAAUAAUAAUCUGGUAGAAGUUAGAAAACAAUUCAAAGUAGUUUAUGAACAGUCUCCUGUAGAACUGAUUUGGAGAACUGAGAAAAAGCAAACUCAGGUGAACUUCCUAAAUAUACCUCUUGAAAGGAAUUGGAUGAAAAUGGUUUUAUUGGAAGACUACACUGUUAAAAAUGAACUAAAUAAUUUCACUUUUCGAGAGUUAAGUGUGGAAGAAAAGUCAGAACUAGAACAAAUCAAAGCAUAUUUAAGUAAACCAAUAAAAAAAAGAAUUACUAAUGGUCAACUUCGCCAAGCUCUUGGUAUUGACAUUAUCCCUACCAGUCUGGUUUAUGAAUGGGGAGAUAUAGAAGGUUCAGAUAAGUUUUUCUCAAAUGCUAGUGCAAUCAAAAAUGUUGCAGAUAAAGUCAAUAACCUUUCUAAUAAAAGUAGUUUUUUAGUUUAUUUAGAAAAUAAUCUAGCCAAUGAUGCUAAUUUACCUAUUUAUCCAAAAGGCAGUGGGGAGAAUAAAGAACAGUAA